AUGACUGGGUCUUCCUCUCAAGCGAUUGAGAUCGGCGGUAGCCGAACCGAACGGGUCGAUUCUGACCCGAGUGAGGACAUGUCGUACAUAGGAACUCCGAUGAACGUCACCAGUCCGGCUAAUUUAAUUGGAGCUUCUUUCGUGGACGUACAAAACGAAUCCCUUGGGCCUUCCGUAGAUGGAGCAACAGCGGUAUGUUUGUAUUCAUCAGAAGUUGUAAAUCUGAAACCGACCCUUUUAAUCAAAAUUCUUCUUCUUCUGUCGUCGCCACGAUUUCUUAUACCACGUGCAUGUGCCUAUAGGAAAACCAUGCAGAUAGGGAAAAGAAAGAAACAAGGCCAUGAAGAUAAGAGACGAACAUUGCAUGAAGCAAACUACCAAUUUGGAAAUCCAAUGCCACCAGUAAAAGAAGAAGAUGAAAAUGAUUUUCCGCUGUUACCUGGAGAGUGCCGGGUAAAAGUCGACGGGGCGAAUGAUUGGCCGAUCAUUGGCGGAACGAUCAUUGUCACAAAUUACAGAGUAGUGACUAUCAAAAUUUCGGAGGAUAAGAAAAGAGUACAUAUCUUCCCAAUAUCGGAAAUUGAAACAAUGGAUCUCUCUAACGAUAAUUCCAUUCAUCUGUUAAUGAAGGGUGGACGAUCAACAUACUUGUACUGCAAUAACAAUAAGGACGCUUAUUUUAUCCAUCAACUGAUAAUGCCCGCUCUCCAGCGACUGAAUCGUAGUGCAACAGUACUUUACGCCACAAGGCCGCAGGAUUGGACAUCAAAAAACGAUACAGCUCCUUUGGCGACAGUCAAUCACUUCGCAUGGUCAUUCUCUGAAGCGGUGGACGAGCUUGAACGGUGCGGACAACUUCCUUCCUGGUUGAAACGAGCUGAUUCCGUAGCAUAUGAAAUCACACAAGUCGAUUUUGAACGAUUAGGGAUGUCAGAACACUUCCGAAUCUCAACUGUUAAUUCAACCUUCAAAGUUUGUGCUACUUAUCCGGAAAAGGUGAUUGUUCCGAAAGGAAUCUCUGAUGAAGAAAUCGAGAGAAGCGCUCCAUACAGAUCGAUUGGCCGAUUCCCUGCUGUCAUCUGGAGGUGCCGCAAAACUCGUGCUGUUCUUUUGCGCAGCUCACAACCACAAGUUGGAAUCUUAUCUUGGAGAAACACCACAGACGAGAGAAUCAUCGAGGAAGUUGUGAGAACAAGUCGAAUUGAAGGAGAAGAGAGGAAACAAUUCAUUAUCAUGGAUGCACGUGGCUACGCUUCAGCAUUCGCCAACCGAGCAAGAAGUGGUGGCUUUGAGAACACAGAGUACUACCAACAAGCCAAACUCGAAUUCCUUGGUCUACCAAACAUCCAUGCCGUUCGUUCCUCAUUCACAAACAUACGUACCAUGCUCCACGCACCAGUCAAGGAAAACGAACUGUUAUUAAACAGCCUUCAAGCAACAGGAUGGCUCACAAAUCUGAGCAGUCUACUUGUUCAAGCCACUUCAUGUGCAGAUCAUUUGGCCAAAGGGCAUUCAGUUCUUGUGCAUUGUUCUGACGGCUGGGAUAGAACUACUCAAGUAACGACAUUGGCUAAGAUCAUGUUGGAUGAACACUACCGAACUGUGGAAGGUUUCGAAGAGCUAAUUCGACGAGACUGGAUCGCUUUUGGUCACAAACUGUACGAUCGACAGAUUGGUACCUACACUACCUGGUCUGAUAGUGGUGAACGGUGUCCGAUUUUCCUACAGUUCCUUGAAGCGGUGCGACAUCUUCAACGAGAACAACCGACUGCUUUCCAGUUUUCCCAUGCUUAUUUGAUCAAACUUGCGAAGCAUGCCUACUCUGGUCUGUUUGGUACUUUCCUAUUCAACUCUCAUAAGGAAAAACGAGACGCCAUGACUAAAUGGGAUGCAACACUGGUAGAAAUUUGGAGAUAUAUCGGAGCACAUAAUGAAGAGUUUGUGAAUCAGUCGUACGAUGAGCGGUAUGCUGGACCAUUGAAAACAAUCAACGUCUCAAUCAUCAAUUUGCGUGUUUGGCAUGAAGUGUUUGCUGAUGAGGGAGAGCGUUAUACGAUGAUCUACGGCAGUAAAGAUGAGCGGCCGUCGUCCGGCUGCGCUACUCCAAUCACAUCGUCUUCUUCGGGAAAUUUGGUCAAAAGCAAAAGUUCGGAGAGUAUCAAUUCGUUGAAUGUCGACGGAUCGAACCAUCAGUUAGCCAAUGCUUCAACUCCUGCAACGACUGAAGGAGGAAACCUUCCGCUGUCGACUAGUUUCUACCAGCAGUCGAUUUAUCAGUCGAAUAUCACUGGACUCGAAUCUAUUGACUGUGAUGGUUUGACCAAGUUUGAAGAUGAAGAACAAGCAAUGCUCAGGAAGAAGAAUAAGGCUCGUGAAGAAGCGAUUCGUCUUCGUGAUAGACAAAUUGAGGAGCUUCGAAGACGAGCUGAUAUCGAGAAAAUGCUCAGCCCAAUCAGAGGUGACGCAGACGACAGUGAUAUUGACGUUGCAUCUCUGGAACGAGCGUCGUCAGAUUUAUCAAUCAUGGAUCCAGAUAGAGAGUUGCCGAACUUCAGACCUAACACAACAUGGGAAGCGGAGGCUCCAAAUUGCUGUCUCUGUAAAAAGGAGUUCAACAAAAUGAGUGUGUAUCAAGAGGAUAGGCAACAUCAUUGUCGGAACUGUGGACGAGUUGUUUGUGAAGAAUGCUCGAAGCAGAGAUUUGCGGUUGUGGAAGAAGGGCAGAGUGUACAGAAGAGAGUAUGUGAUAAGUGCUACGAAUCGAUGCAUGAGCCAGAACCAAGACUAAAUAGAACAGCAUCUCUGAGUGAAAUGUCGUCCUUUGACUCGACGUCUUGUGGUCCAACAUUUCCACAUGCAUCAUCUCCAUCAUCUUCAUCACUCAAUAUGCUGACUUCGAUAUCAUCACCAACUCGAUCUCAACCAGUACCCUCAUCGUGUAAAUCUUCUUCCAACUCGAUCUCGUCCCCCCGUCCUUCACCUGGCGAGUUUAGCAGGCAUAGCUCUUCACAAGCCGUGAAAGGUUGA